AUGGAUGCUAGAACGAUCCUCGCUAAGACUGUGCCUCUACUAAGGGCAAAGUUAUCCGAACUAGGUUUGGAUACAACUGGCAGAAAAGGAGCUUUGCAGGAUCGGUUGUUCGAUCAUUAUGCAUUAGAUGUGGCUGACGAUGAGGACGGCGAGGCUGAUGGGAAAGUUGCGAGUAUUAGUAGGGCUUCCAAUUACCAAGAGGCGGUUCAACCUAGUAGCUCGAGAUUUACACUACGCGAUAUUCAGGACAGUGUUUUAUCAUUUUCAGGCCACGAACAGGAAGACGUCAAUCACAGUUACCCGAGGAAGAGUCCGAGUCAGGUUGAGGACGAUAGCGACUCCGAGGCAGAAGACGCGGCUGAUUUAAUUGAUGAUGAGGCUGAGGAAGAUGAAGAUGAGAAUAGUGACGAAGAGGAAGAUGAUGACGAGAAGGUGGAGCUAGGAGGGGUUUCAAAGACCUCAGACGCGGGGAAGGAAGAAGAGUCCGACGAAGAUGAUAAACCCCCUGUAGAGGAGCCUGUUUCCAAGAAAGGCAAGGAAAAAAAAAAACCCGAGGAAUACAACUCUGUAGGAUUAAAAGAAAAGAGCGGAAUUCUCAAAGUGUCCGUUGGUAAGAUUCCCAUAGGAACGUCAAAAAAAUCGAUUCUAUACCGCGAGAACAUUCCAAAUGAAUACAAACACAAGGAUGUGGUCACCAUAUUCGU